UCCACAACACCAACAAAGUCGUCGGACGAAGCGAUGCCGUCGGAAGGUGAAGCAUUUUGUUUAUGAAAAAUCGGCUCUUUGGUAACAGCUAGCACUGUUUUAAAAUUUAGAAGAUUGCUACUUAACUUUCAAGUGUUAUUUUUCAGGUGUGGAAGUGUUCUCAAAUCCCCUGGCGCCUCCAUCUUUGUCGGGGCAUCAUGGCGGACAUCAUAGGUACGUCAUCCAUCGCGUCCUCUUCUCGAUGAUGGACGAGGUCUACAUCUGAAUUUUAUUUUCUUCUUAAAAAUAACUGUGAAAAAAGAGGAAAUGAACAAAACACGUUUUAGUUAGUGUAGAAUUAGUCAAUUCCAUUCAUAAUCUAAGAUACAUUUACACACAGAAAAUCAAGGCUCUUCAUCACUGAUAAUUUUUUUCCAUGGGGAGAGGGUUACUAUAUAUAGUUUUUGUCUUUUCUUUUUUUACAAUCCAUCAUCUCUUUGAUUUGAGAUGCUUAGUUAAACAGAAAUGCAGGAGAUGUUUAGUCUAUUAUUACUUCUGUUGAACUAUAAAACGUCCUCUUCAGCCUUGUUGCAUUUUAGUCAAGGUUUUAUAAGUCCAAGAGUUGAAGAAAAAUUAAGAACAACCUUUUUCAAAGUGUAGUGACCUGAUUUAUGUGUAUUUUGAUAUUUUAUUAUUUAUUUUUUCCUAUUAUUAGCACAUCAGCACUGACAAAUGAGGAUUUCAGGAAACUUUUGAUGACCCCUCGGUCUGGUGCACCAUCUGUGGCUCCUCCAUCAGCAAGGUCAUCAAGUCACAGCAGUAAAAGCACUUCAAGCAGCAUUCAUUCACAUCGUACCAGCAGGUGGGAUAUGUUUUUGUUCUAGGUAUUAUCCCUUUUCAGGUUAAACUGUUAUUCAAGUAGACUUUCUUGCUGGGCAAGUAACCUUUUAAGCUAAGAACACCAGACGUAGUUAAUCAAUAAAAAUCUACAUUGGAAAUCAAUCGAAAUCAUCGAUGUUAAUUGAUGAUUUCGGCCAAUUAAUCUUGAUUGAUAUCAGAAAUCGACAGAAAUAGAAGUCGCAGAAAAAAAUAAUUUAUCGAUUAUUAUUGAUUAACACAAUCAAUAACAAUCUAUAGGAAUCAAUAGUAAUCAAUAACAACUGAUAAAAAAUCAUCGAUUUCUAUCGGAAAAUCAUCGAUAUUAAUUGAAGUCACAACUUUUUUUUCUUUAUCGAUUUCUAUCAAUCGAUGUUGGAAAUCGAUAUUCUUCGAUGAUUGAUAUUGAUUACUAUCGAUUAAUAUCGAUUAUUGGUUUAUCGAUUAACUGCGUCUGGAGAACAAGAGGAAAGAAAAAUGUGGUGACUUCUUCUUUCAGCUACAUUGUAAAUUAAAUGAAAAUACACCAGCUUGACCAAAAACUUGAUUUUAGCCUGCGACUUACAGAAAUUGAUUUUUAAGCCUUUCUAGGGACCAUGAAGAUGAUGAUGAUGGUGAUGAGGAUGAUCCAUGGUCAAGAAGGAGAAAGAAAAAGAGGUUAGAUUUUUUACCAACAGCGUUUUUAAAACUUUCUUGAACUUUGUAGUAAGGUGAUUGAAGAAAAAGGCAUAAAGCCUGGAAUAGUAUGAUUUGCCCCUCAAAAGCAAUGUUUGCAGUGAUUUGUUACAAUAAUAGUUUUGGUGAGUCCUGAGACUCAACUUGUGAAAAAUUAUGAGUCCCAGUCCAGACCUAUUGAGUCCUAAACUGAAAAUGUUUGGUCUUUUAUGCAACCAGAUAGUUAAUCUGAAGACAGACUCCAAAACUCUGUAGUAAAGUUUGCUGAAAUAAAAGUAUACUCCUUCUGUUGUAAAGCACAACAAAGACUAAAAGAGAUAUGUGUCGUUAAAAAGCAGCCACAAAAAUGGCUACAGAAAUCAUACAAACAGGAUAUUCUACAAAAACAUCUUCACAGUGCUCAAUCAAUGUUUGCAUCCUACGGGACGCAUGCAAUUAAAUAUUUUACGUCUUUGAGGAUUUUUAUACGUCAGGAAUGCAGGACGCAGAGGUAACAAAAUCAUUUUUUUUGACUAAAUUCAUUAUUUUCUUUCUUCCAAUAAGAUAUUAUGCCAAACUUAAGAAGAUGGAGGAAGAGAGGGAACAAGAACUUGCCAGCAAAUACAGAGACAGGGUAAGUAAAUAUUAAUGGUGGAGGAGGUCACUGAUUAUCCUGUUUUGAUUGACCUUUCAAGUAUUUGAUAUGAUUUGCUUUUAAACUUUUCCCUUUCUUAAUAAAUUUAUACAGUUAAGACAAUGUACAUGUAUAAUGUAGCUUAUUUUUACACUAAUAAACACCCCUGGUAGUAUAAAUAUUGCAUUUGGGGUUCUAAGGGUUAUGAUGGUUAAUUUGUGGGUACAUGUACAUCUGUUACAGGACAAAAUUAAAUUCAGGUUCAUUUUUGAACCUAGGUUGAUUCUUAAUUUCCUUCGUCACCUGGCCCUAAUUAUUCAUGAAUUAGGGCUAGGAGACAAAGAAAACUGAAGGCGCUUUCCAUUUGUCAGAACUGACUGGCCAGCCCAUUCUGAUCUUCAUGAGAAUUUCAUUUUUAAUCAAAACUAACCAUCCAAAUCAGUCAAAUCCAAAAUAUUAUACCCAGAGGAGAUGGAUUUUCAGCUAAACGUCUUGGAAAAAGCCUAUUUCAUUGCCAGAAAGUGUGGUCUGGCCAUGGUCCGGCCGGUCAGUUCUGUCUUUUGGAAAACGCCCCGAGAUUCAACCCAGGUUAAAAAACUUCAACGUGAAUACACUGUAAUUUUGACUUAUAACAUAUUCAAAACAACCAUCAAGUGUACAAGCAAGUAAAUAAUGAUAGCACAAAGCAGUGGUUUUACAAUGUAACUGCAUAAACAAACAACAGAUUACAAACUGCGAAAGAUCCUUUGAUUAAUCUCUGCGGAGAUCUCAGCUUUGAGUCAAAGAUAGACUUGCCUACAAGUCAAGCUCAAAUUUUUUCACGAGCGUGAAGUGCGAGCAGUAGAUUUUUUAUGUUUUCUGUGGCAAAAGCAAGCAAGAGAGCGAGAGCUCGACUUGUUUCCCCUGCAAAAAAUCGCAUCAAGUGACGUCAUUUUGGCGCAACUAUUUGGGUCCCUGUCAGGCGUGUUGUCACGUGUAUGUGUCAUUGCGGGCUGUCAAAGUAUGUCAAAACAAACAAAUAACAGAAAAAAAUUCUGAUAAGAGAAAGUAAAUAGAGUAAAUAAAAGAAUGUUCAAUACAAAAAAGAGGUAAUGAACAAAAGUGCCAUCUUGUGAUAUUUGUGAGUUCAGUUUCCAGACGUUUUGGGCUCGUUGAAAGGUUGGCAUACACUAUGAAAGAAAACAAAAAAAAACAAAAACUUUGAAUUGCGCGCACUCAAAACAAAACAAGUCGGUAAUGUUUUUUCGCUCCCUGGGGGCCAGGAAAAUCCAACCUUGGUAAAGUACCCAAAUGGAGGAAGAUAAAAUGCCUGCUAAAGCUUUGUAUUUGAAUACAGGCGAUAAAACAAAAUUGAAAUAAAGCCCGCAAAAAUACACAGUUCAACUGAAUUUCGAUCAAAACAGUUCAAGUCAUGUUUCGUGUGGCGUGAUCAGGUGUGAUUGAUGGUGCAUCAGUAAAAGCGUUCGUGAUUGGAUAAAAGCUACAGGAGGAAAAUUCCUCCUGUAAAUUUUGCGUGCUGCAGGUGAUAAAAGUCCUUCGUACUGGGGCCCAAUACUGGAACCAGAAAUAAGAAGCAAAGGACUUUGAGAAAGUCUAAGUCAAAGAGAGAGGCAAUUCUUUUAUGUUUCUUUUAUCUUAAGCAUAAUAAUGAUAUUAUAAAGAUAUCUUUCUGAUCUCCAUAUUUCAAUGUACCCUAACGUCAUGUACAUCUGACCCUCACUGCCUCCUCUUUAGCACUUUAUUAAACGUCAAUAUUAAUUUGUUAUUUAAAUGUUUGCUCUUGUUAGGCAAGGGAGAGGCGAGAUGGUCUGAAUCCGGACUACCAGUCAACUGAUACUUUAAGUGCGACAGCUAACUACAGAGCAGUUGGACCAACAGCAGAAGCAACGUGAGGCACCUAAGUUUUUUUAUAUAAACUGGCCUUUCUUUCCCCAUUGGCUAGAAGCCAAGCUUAUAGCCAAUGUGGUUUCUUCAAUGUAGCUAUUCAAAGCUGUGCUCUGAGAAAAAUUGAAGGGAACGUGGUGCGCUGAACCAGGGAGCCCCACAUAAGAUUUCUAUGAAAAAGCUUAGAUUCACCAGUUUGUGGUAGAUUCAACAGCAAAAGUGCGAAAGGUGCCAGAGGCCAGGUGCUGCUCGAGCAUAGCUCUGGCUAUUCAUUGUUGAAUGGAAUAACAAUCAGACAGCAAGGAUAGUGCUUGCCCGGGGGGAGGGGUUAAUCUGGAUUUCAAGUGAUGGGGAUGAUCAAAUGGGGAAAAAAAUCCCUGGACCAAAAAUUUAACCCCAAAUAAAUCCCAUAACAAAUUUACAAGCCUUAAAAAUCUCCAGAAAGGAACACAAGUUUGGUUGUACUUUAAUCGCAGCACUAUGUGGCCUGGUUAUGUGGGCACUAGCAUGAAUCUUCAGAUUGUUCUGAAUGCCCAAAAAAUACUUACCAAAUUUUCCUACCCAAGAAAAUUCCUUCCAUCAUCCCCAUCACUUGAAAUCUGGAGUGCCCCUCCCCUGGGAGUGCCUGCAUGCAUAGAUGACUCCUUGCAAAGUUCCAGCCACGAAACAAUAGACAGCAAUAUUCCUUUGUCUGUACUCUUAUUGUCUAGCCUGAGAAAACGGCUGACAUUUGGCAACGCUACCACUGGUUUCCCCACCAUUAAUGAUGUCUGAGAAAUGAGCCCAAAAAUGCCAUACUGAUGACACGUCACUACCCUGAUCUGGGUAGUGAUGCGUCAUCAGUAUGGAAUUUCUGCGCUCGUUUCUCAGACGUCAUUUGGCAGGGAAACCAGUGAAGCCACAGUUGAGUGGUGUCAGUGCAAAGUGUUUUACAUUUAGAUACCAUUUCUGUUACAGUGUACUGCAUAUAAGAGCUGAAAACUUGUUUUCAGUCUCCAUCUCUGAAAAGUAUUUUAGAGAAUUGGGUGCCAGAGACAAAGAAACACAAAUUGCCCCAUCAUUAUGUUAUUUCUCUGGUCUAUGUACUCGUACAUGUAGACUGUACGCCUUGACCAUUGAGUAUACAAGAAAUCACUCACUUAUUGUAAAAAAAAUAACUUCUUAGUGGUAGUGGAAAAAAAAAAAUUUCUUAGAUGAAGAGGACACCGCUGGAACUGAUUGAUGUACUUGUCUUAUUGUUUGAGAUUAAAUAGACUCACUGACCAAGGAUAUGGUUCCCUCAUUAAUUGAGAAGUGUCUUCUGUCAUGCAUUAAUAGGAAUACUGCAGCUGAGAGACGUAAGCAAGCUAUUCAAGAGAGUAAGUUUCUUGGUGGUGAUAUGGAGCACACUCAUCUUGUGAAAGGGUUGGACUUUGCCUUGUUACAGAAGGUAAACUGCUUCUUCUUUUUUACAAGUUGCUUAGUUCUUACAGCAGUUAACCCUUUAAACACUAACAGAGAAAAUUGAAAUCUUCAUUAAAUUUAGUGUCCCUGUACAUUUCCAUAGAAGUAAUGGGGAGAAAUUGUUAAAGUAUAAAUGAAAUUUAAUUCAUCCUUGUGUGAUCAUGUCCUUAAUUUGAUGUGACCACUCUGCCCUAUAAGGCAGAGAUAUUAUGCAAAAAAAAUUAAUGCUGAUCACUCUAAGGGCUUAAGCAUGGUCUUGGGAUCUGGGAUUUGAUUGAACUGCAGUGCAGGAUUAAAAAAAAUGCAAAAUUUCUUGACGAGAUACAGGAUUUGACCGCUACUUGGGAAGCAGUAGUCGCCAAAAUCUUGGCAUGGGAUGUGGUAUUGGGAAAAAUACUGUACUUUGGGAUAGAGAUGAUAGAAGUUCAGGAUGCAGGAUCAUCAUGAAAAAGGAGCUGGAAUGUGGGAUCAGGACCCCUCCUUACGGUCCCUGAUAAGGUUACAGCUAUGGCCCUAUCACUACUUCAGUGUCAAAUUCAUCCUGACCAUGGGUUAGAUUUAUUUUUGUGUGUUAAUUUAAUGUUUAAAAGUCAUAGUAACUUUUUUCCCAACUUUAUUCAACUACAUGUAUUACACCCAAAACACUUACAAUAAAGAACAUUGCUGUAUGUAAUGAUCAAAUUACACAUGUAACACACGUAGUUACACACGUAACGCAAACAGUGAUAGACAGCUUACAAGUUAAGAAAAGUUAAAUUAACAACUUAUGCAUGACACUUUACAACAACCAGUAUUUUGCUUAAAAGAAAAAGAAAAAAAAGCAUACAAUAACUACUGCCAGUGAUAAUAAUAUUAUUAUAUAGAAUUACAAAAAAACUAACACUAACUCUAAUCUAACUUAUAAUAUUGAAUUAAUAUGUCAUCAUAGUAACUUUUUGGUUGCAAAGCGAGAUAUUGAGAUCAAAGUCUGAAAAAUUAAAGCAUGGGUUGGGGGUUAGCUAGCAAAUUAGUCCAUUUUAUUUUGUUAACUGACAGGUGUAUUAUGUUAUUAGCACAAUGAUUGAAUAUUGAUCUUGAAUAUAAACACAGCAGCCUUUAAGGCCCAUUAAUUACAAGGACAUAUUUAAAAAACAAGCCCCUCUUUUCCUCAAUUCCAUAGAACUAUACUUGACACCUUUGAUAAUGGGGGGCUUUUGAAUGAGGAUUUUUAUAUUAACAACAGUCUGGUUAUAUUCUAUUUAUUGCUAUAGUUAUAUCUACUGUAUAUCUACCGUAUAACCCAUGUGGCACCUGUUUUACUUAGGUGCGCAGCGAAAUUGCUGAAGAGGAUGAAGAAAACCAGGAACUGGUUAGCAAAAAGACAAAAACUAAACAAAAGGACAUGUAUGUACUCCACUGUUAAUCUUGUGUUUUUACUGCUACUUUGGUUCUAUACAUUUGAAUAUUAAUUUUUUGUUAAUGCAAGUUUCUUGAGCAUUAUAAUGUUAUUGGAUGAUAAAUAUUCCAAGCAGUUAUGUGAUCAAUUAAAAAAGCAGUUGAAAAAGAAGCUACGAAAAUUCAACUCUCCCAGCAUUAAACUCUGACUGUUGCAAUGUUUGAAUGCAACAGUCAAUUUUAUCAAAUAACUACGAAGUGUCCAUUCAUUAUUUAUGCAAAUGCAUUCAAAAUAAAACCUCAAUAAUAGAACCUUGAUAUAAGUCCAAGCGACUGGCAAAAUGUGUUGUUAUGUUGAGCUUCUUUUUCAUAUAUUUUACUAUUGCUGCGAUAAGGAAAAUUGAUCAUCAUAUCAAGGACUUCAUUAUAUAUAGAGGUUUGUUAUAUCAAGGUUCCCCUGUGUACAUGUAAGAUUCAGUGCAUAUUAUUUAAUAACAAAUUAAUAGUAAUAACUUAAGGGAAAAGUAGUUUUACUGCUCCAUCCUUUAAUUUGAAGAUAUCAUUCGUAAAAUUGUCAUUCAUCCUCAAGAGAUGGGUUACAUCACUGAAGUUUGCCAAAUAGAUUAAAUCUGCAAAUUUUCUGUCAUUUAAGAUUCACCUAUAGCCCCGUAUUUUAUUGGUUGACGUACACAUCCUUACUGCCAGUUACUUCAGUAACAAAUUCCUCUUUUCAUUUUCAACAGGGAAGAAGAUGAUAAUGCUGAUGAAAUUGAGUUUACAACUAAGCUAGGUAACUUUACUGUCCUACAGCUGUACCAUGUUGAAGAAUAACUCACAAAAAAUUUUGUUAAUGAUUAACCCUACACACUGGACCAGGAAACAAUGCCUGCUUGCUGGGAUGACCAAGUACAAUGGUAUUCAAAUGUUCCAGGGAAUUCCUUGUCAAACUUGUUGAUAGUGACCAUUUAAAUAUGAUGAACUAGAGUAUCCCACAUAGAAAAUUUUGAUAUUCCUGUUUGUAAUAUAAACAGUUUUUAGAGUCCAGAAUCAAUUUGUUGUAUGACUCCCUUCUCUUGUGGAAAAUUCUAUUAGCUUCAUACAUUGUUCUAAAUUUUUGAGUCUUUGAGAUACUUCUUUCCCCUGGAAUUUCUUGAGUUCAGCCAUUCAAACAGAUGCCAUAAGGAAUGUUUUGGCAUGAGAGGUCACAUACAUGUUUAUUCUAAACUACACAAUGAAUGACAACUGUCUCAUUGCUUCUUGUUAAAAUGACAAGUCUUUUCUUUAUAAUAGGUCAAAAGAUUUAUAAAACUCUGUUCAGAAGCCGCCCAGCUGAGAGAAAUGAACUCUUUCAACCAGGGAGAAUGGUAAGCUAACCUUUUGUUUCGAUAGCUAGCUUAUCCAAAUUAACUGAAAAAUUUUUCAGCAUUAUGGCAAAUCACUCUCUCUGAUGGACUUUCUAUCUAUACACAGGCUUAUGUGUUUGAUGUUGAAGAUGAGUAUGCUGAAAGUGAUAUUCCUACAACCCUAAUCAGGAGCAAAGCAGACUGUCCUGGAAUUGAAGUAAGAUUAUUUAAAAUUUUUCUUCGUACGUUAUUUUUGUAGGGAUUUGAAACAUGCAAGACUGAACAUUGUGUUAUUGGGGUCCAUAGUAAUGUUGUCUAACAAAUGUAAAGACAAUAAAAAGCCUCGGGAAGAAAUACCGUAAAUCCUCUAUUAAGCCUCCCCUCUCAAAUAAGCCCCCCCUUUUCAGAGGAGGAAAGUUAAUAAGCCCCCCCUCUCUAUUAAGCCUCUCCCCCUCCCCCAAUCCUUAUUCUUCACAAAAAAAAUUAACAAUUAACAUGGACUGAUCAGUUAUGGUUUAUUCAGGCUGGAAGUUCAUAUUGUUUUUGGUCUUCGGCCGCAUGACCUCCAACUUCAUAUGCUUAACUUUCUCAACUUUGCGCUCUAGUUCUCUGUGGAGAAUUGUCACCAUUUUCUUAUCGUUAGACAAAGCAGUAUACCGCCCGGGAACAACAAGUUUGUCCUCAAGAAACCUUGCUCCUGUCGAUGAAAAUUCUAAGCUGCAACCUUCACGACAUAAAAAUUUAAGCAGCAGAAAUGAUAAUUCUAUAGCCAAAUAGUUCUUGAUCUUGAGAGCUGCUGGUAGACAGGCGGUAAAUGCCAACUGAAAAUGCCAACCACGGUAUUUUUGCUACAGGUGAUGCGUUUCGCUACAUUAAAUAAGCCCCCCCUCAAAAUUGCUUGAAAAAAAUAAGCCCCCCCGGGGGGCUUAAUAGAGGGUUUACAGUACGUUGGGUUCUUCCCUAUGAAAAAACUAUUUCUUGUUGUUGUGACAGUUUUAUUUCUCUGUUUAUUGCAGACCCAAGCGACACUAACUACAAAUGACAUUGUUAUCAACAAACUGACUCAGAUUUUACUGUACUUACGUCAAGGAACAAGAGGAGGGAAGAAGGUUAAGAAAAAGGAGAAAGGUAGAUGUACUUAGUUAUGCUAAAAUGAACUUGUUAGUAUUAAUAUUAUAUGUUGCACAGCACUGUAGGCAAUUGAAAUCUUGUUUUAGGGAAAUCUAGUAUUCACCUUUUCAAGUUUCCUUUGUCUAAUAGCAAUGGCCUGCUUGAUGCUGUGCUUGAUGGUGUGAUUUAAACUUCAAUAUUGUGAACAAAGAACUAUUAAACCUACCAUCCUGGACAAAAGUCCUUUGGACAGUACUACAGUAUUCAUAUUUUUCUGUCAUUUCACGGUUCCCUCUUAAAACAGCACAUUCUUUUUGAAAUUUUCUUGCAGUUCUCCCUCCCCCCACCCCAUACAAAGUUGAAACUCGAAAAAGAUUUUGGAUACACGCAUCCAACAUUGUUUGUGGGAUGAGGGGAGGGGUUGGAGCUGUGUGAAUUGGAAAACGCCCAAGACUUUGGUCCAUGAUUGUAGAUAGAAAAGAAGCCUUUGAGGACUAUAAGAACAUCUUUUUAUGAAAAACGCAGAAUUAGAAUUUUUCCAAAGGGAUUAGUCCAUCGUUUUUGUCUAAACUUUCAGAUUUGUUAGACCUUGAUUUUUAUGCAAAAUGGGGACGUUCUAGUUAAAGAACAACCUUUCUGUAAUCGUUUGUAAGCCAGUGUAACCCCUUGUAACCCCCUGUAACCCUUUGUCACCCCCUGUAACCCCUUGUCACCCCCUGUAACCUCUUGUAACCCCCUGUAACCCCUUGUAACUCCUUGUCACCCCCUGUAACCCCUUGUCAUCCCCUGUAACCCUGUGUAAUCCCUUGUCAUCCCCUGUAACCCCUUGUCACCCCCUGUAACCCCUUGUCAUCCCUUGUAACCCGCUGUAACCCCUUGUCACCCCCUGUAACCCCUUGUCAUCCCCUGUAGCCCCUUGUAACCCCCUGUAACCCCUUGUAACCCCUUGUAACCCCCUGUAACCCCUUGUCACCCCCUGUAACCCCUUGUCACCCCCUGUAACCCCUUGUCACCCCUGUCACCCCCUGUAACCCCUUGUCACCCCCUGUAACCCCUUGUAACCCCCUGUAACCCCUUGUAACUCCUUGUCACCCCCUGUAACCCCUUGUCAUCCCCCGUAACCCUGUGUAAUCCCAUGUCAUCCCCUGUAACCCCUUGUCACCCCCUGUAACCCCCUGUAACCCCUUGUCAUCCCUUGUCAUCCCUUGUCACCCCCUGUAACCCCUUGUCAUCCCCUGUAGCCCCUUGUAACCCUCUGUAACCCCUUGUAAUCCCUUGUAACCCCCUGUAACCCGAUGUCACCCCCUGUAACCCCUUGUCACCCCCUGUAGCCCCUUGUCACCCCCUGUAACCCCGUGUAACCCCCUGUAACCCCUUGUCACCCCCUGUAACCCCUUGUAACCCCCUGUAACCCCUUGUAACCCCUUGUCACCCCUUGUAACCCCUUGUCAUCCCCCUGUAACCCCUGUGUAAUCCCAUGUAAUCCCCUGUAACCCCUUGUCACCCCUGUAACCCCUUGUAAUCCCCCGUAACCCCUUGUCACCCCCUGUAACCCCUUGUCAUCCCCUGUAGCCCCUUGUAACCCUCUGUAACCCCUUGUAAUCCCUUGUAACCCCCUGUAACCCCCUGUCACCCCCUGUAACCCCUUGUCACCCCCUGUAGCCCCUUGUCACCCCCUGUAACCCCGUGUAACCCCCUGUAACCCCUUGUCACCCCCUGUAACCUCUUGUAACCCCCUGUAACCCCUUGUAACUCCUUGUCACCCCCUGUAACCCCUUGUCAUCCCCCGUAACCCUGUGUAAUCCCAUGUCAUCCCCUGCAACCCCUUGUCACCCCCUGUAACCCCUUGUAACCCCUUGUCAUCCCUUGUCAUCCCUUGUCAUCCCUUGUAACCCCCUGUAACCCCUUGUCACACCCUGUAACCCCUUGUCAUCCCCUGUAGCCCCUUGUAACCCUCUGUAACCCCUUCUAACCCCUUGUAACCCCCUGUAACCCAAUGUCACCCCCUGUAACCCCAUGUCACCCCCUGUAACCCCUUGUAACCCCCUGUAACCCCUUGUCACCCCCUGUAGCCCCUUGUCACACCCUGUAACCCCCUGUAACCCCUUGUCACCUCCUGUAACCUCUUGUAACCCCCUGUAACCCCUUGUAACUCCUUGUCACCCACUGUAACCCCUUGUCAUCCCCCGUAACCCUGUGUAAUCCCAUGUCACCCCCUGUAACCCCUUGUAACCCCCUGUAACCCCUUGUCAUCCCUUGUAACCCCCUGUAACCCCUUGUCACCCCCUGUAACCCCUUGUCAUCCCCUGUAGCCCCUUGUAACCCUCUGUAACCCCUUCUAACCCCUUGUAACCCCCUGUAACCCCAUGUCACCCCCUGUAACCCCUUGUCACCCCCUGUAACCCCUUGUCACCCCCUGUAACCCCUUGUCACCCCCUGUAACCCCCUGUAACCCCUUGUCACCCCCUGUAACCCCUUGUCACCCCCUGUAACCUCUUGUAACCCCCUGUAACCCCUUGUAACUCCUUGUCACCCCCUGUAACCCCUUGUCAUCACCUGUAACCCUUUGUAAUCCCUUGUCAUCCCCUGUAACCCCUUGUAACCCCCUGUAACCCCUUGUCACCCCCUGUAACCCCUUGUCACCCCCUGUAACCCCUUGUAACCCCCUGUAACCCCUUGUAACUCCUUGUCACCCCCUGUAACCCCUUGUUAUCCCCCGUAACCCUGUGUAAUCCCUUGUCAUCCCCUGUAACCCCUUGUAACCCUGUGUCACCCACUGUAACCCUUUGUCACCCCCUGUAACCCCUUGUCACCCCCUGUAACCCCUUGUAACCCCUUGUCACCCCCUGUAACCCCUUGUAACCCCCUGUAACCCCUUGUAACCCCUUGUCACCCCCUGUAACCCCUUGUCAUCCCCUGUAACCCUGUGUAAUCCCUUGUCAUCCCCUGUAACCCCUUGUCACCCCCUGUAACCCCUUGUCAUCCCUUGUAACCCCCUGUAACCCCUUGUCACCCCCUGUAACCCCUUGUCAUCCCCUGUAGCCCCUUGUAACCCCUCUGUAACCCCUUGUAACCCCUUGUAACCCCCUGUCACCCCCUGUAACCCCUUGUCACCCCCUGUAACCCCUUGUCACCCCCUGUAACCCCUUGUAACCCCCUGUAACCCCUUGUAACCCCUGUAACCCCUUGUAACCCCCUGUAACCCCCUGUAACCCCUUGUAACCCCUUGUAACCCCUUGUAACCCCACCCCCUGUAACCCCCUUGUAACCCCUUGUAACCCUUGUAACCCCUUGUCACCCCCCUUGUAACCCCUUGUCAACCCUUGUAACCCCAUCCCCUGUAACCCCUUGUAAUCCCUUGUCAUGUCACCCCCUGUAACCCCUUUUGUAACCCCCUUUGUAACCCCCCCUUGUCAUCCCCUGUUUUGUGUAACCCCUUGUAACCCCUUGUAACCCCUGUAACCCCUUGUCACCCCUGUAACCCCUUGCCCCUUGUAACCCCCCUGUAACCCCUUGUCACCCCCUGUAACCCCUUGUCACCCCCUGUAACCCCUUGUCACCCCCUGUAACCUCUUGUAACCCCUGUAACUCCUUGUCACCCCCUGUAACCCCUUGUCAUCCCCUGUAACCCUGUGUAAUCCCUUGUCAUCCCCUCUAACCCUUUGUCACCCCUUGUAACCCCCUAUAAACCCUUGUCACCCCCUGUAACCCCUUGUCAUCCCCUGUAGCCCCCUGUAACCCCUUGUAAUCCGUUGUAACCCCCUGUAACCCCUUGUAACCCCCUGUAACCCCAUGUCACCCCCUGUAACCCCAUGUCACCCCUGUAACCCUUGUCACCCCUGUAACCCCUUUGUACCCCCCUUGUAACCCCUGUAACCCCUUUGUAACCCCUUUUGUCAUCCCUUGUAACCCCUGUAACCCCUUGUCACCCCUGUAACCCCUUGUCAUCCCCCUGUAGCCCCUGUAACCCCUUGUAAUCCGUUGUAACCCCUGUAACCCCUUGUAACCCCCUGUAACCCCAUGUCACCCCUGUAACCCCAUGUCACCCCUGUAACCCCUUGUCACCCCUGUAACCCCUUGUAACCCCUUGUCAUCCCCUUGUAACCCCUGGAACCCCUUUGUCACCCCUGUAACCCCUUGUCACCCUGUAGCCCGUUGUAACCCUCUGUAACCCCUUGUAACCCCUUGUAACCCCCUGUAACCCCUUGUCACCCCCCCUGUAACCCCUUGUCACCCCUUGUAGCCCCUUGUCACCCCCUGUACCCCCCCCCCAGAUAAACCCCUGUAACCCCUUGUCCCCCCUGUAACCCCUUGUCAUCCCCCCCUGUACCCCCUUGUCACCCCUGUAACCUCUUUAACCCCUGAAACUCCUUGUCACCCCUGUAACCCCUUGUCAUCCCCUGUAACCCUGUGUAAUCCCUUGUCAUCCCCUGUAACCCCUUGUCACCCCUUGUAACCCCCUGUAACCCCUUGUCACCCCCUGUAACCCCUUGUCAUCGCCUGUAGCCGCUUGCAACCCUCUGUAACCCCUUGUAAUCCGUUGUAACCCGCUGUAACCCCAUGUCACCCCCUGUAACCCCUUGUCACCCCCUGUAGCUCCUUGUCACCCCCUGUAACCCCGUGUAACCCCCUGUAACCCCUUGUCACCCCCUGUAACCCCUUGUCACCCCCUGUAACCCCUUGUAACCCCUUGUAACCCCCUGUAACCCCUUGUCACCCCUGUAACCCCUUGUAACCCCUGUAACCCCUUGUAACCUUUUGUAACCCCUUGUAACCCUGUAACCCUUGUCACCCCUUGUAACCCCUUGUCAUCCCCUGUAACCCUGUGUAAUCCCAUGUCAUCCCCUGUAACCCCUUGUCACCCCUGUAACCCCUUGUAACCCCUUGUCAUCCCCUUGUAACCCCCUCUAACCCCUUUGUCACACCCCUGUAACCCCUUGUCAUCCCCUGUAGCCCCUUGUAACACCCCUUGUAACCCCUUUUGUAACCCCCUGUAACCCCAUGUCACCCCUAUAACCCCAUGUCACCCCCUGUAACCCCUUUUGUCACCCCUGUAACCCCUUGUCACCCCCUGUAGCCCCUUGUCACCCCCUGUCACCCCCUGUAACCCCUUGUCACCCCCUGUAACCCCUUGUCACCCCCUGUAACCCCUUGUAACCCCCUGUAACCCCUUGUCAUCCCCUGUAACCCCUUCUCACCCCCUUUAACCCCUUGUAACCCCUUGUCAUCCCUUGUAACCCCUUGUAAGGCCUUGUCAUCCCCUGCAACCCCUUGUCAUCCUCUGUAGCCCCUUGUAACCCUCUGUAACCCCUUCUAACCCCUUGUAAUCCCCUGUAACCCCAUGUCACCCCCUUUAACCCCCUGUAACCCCUUGUCACCCCCUAUAACCCCUUGUAACCCCUUGUAACCUCUUGUAACCCCCUGUAACCCCUUGUAACUCCUUGUCACCCCCUGUAACCCCUUGUCAUCCCCCGUAACCCUGUGUAAUCCCUUGUCAUCCCCUGUAACCCCUUGUCACCCCUGUAACCUGAACCCCUUGUAACCCCCCUUGUCAUCCCUUGUAACCCCUGUAACCCCUUUGUCACACCCUGUAACCCCUUGUCAUCCCCUGUAGCCCCUUGUAACCCUCUGUAACCCCUUGUAACCCCCUGUAACCCCAUGUCACCCCCUGUAACCCCCUGUCACCCCCUGUAACCCCUUGUCACCCCCUGUAACCCCUUGUCACCCCCUGUAACCCCUUGUCAUCCCCCGUAACCCUGUGUAAUCCCUUGUCAUCCCCUGUAACCCCUUGUCACCCCCUCUAACCCCUUGUAACCCCUUGUCACCCCUUGUCAUCCCUUGUAACCCCUUGUCAUCCCUUGUAACCCCUCUAACCCCUUGUCACACCCUGCAACCCCUUGUCAUCCCCUGUACCCCCUUGUAACCCUCUGUAACCCCUUCUAACCCCUUGUAACCCCCCCAGAACCCCAUGUCACCCCUGUAACCCCAUCUCCCCCCCUGUAACCCCUUGUCACCCCCUGUAGCCCCUUGUCACCCCCUGUAACCCCUUGUCACCCCCUGUAACCUCUUGUAACCCCCUGUAACCCCUUGUAACUCCUUGUCACCCGCUGUAACCCCUUGUCAUCCCCCGUAACCCUGUGGAAUCCCUCGUCAUCCCUUGUAACCCCCUGUAACCCCUUGUCACUCCCUGUAACCCCUUGUCAUCCCCUGUAACCUCUUGUAACCCCUUGUAACUCCUUGUCACCCGCUGUAACCCCUUGUCAUCCCCCAUAACCCUGUGUAAUCCCUUGUAAUCCCCUGUAACCCCUUGUAACCCUGUGUCACCCACUGUAACCCUUUGUCACCCCCUUUAACCUCUUGUAACCCCCUGUAACUCCUUGUCACCCCUUGUAACCCCUUGUCAUCCCCUGUAACCCUGUGUAAUCCCUUGUCAUCCCCUGUAACCCCUUGUCACCCCCUGUAACCCCUUGUCGUCCCUUGUAACCCCCUGUAAUCCCUUGUCAUCCCCUGUAACCCUAUGUAAUCCCUUGUCAUCCCCUCUAACCCCUUGUCACCCCUUGUAACCCCCUAUAAACCCUUGUCACCCCCUGUAACCCCUUGUCAUCCUCUGUAGCCCCUUGUAACCCUCUGUAACCCCUUGUAAUCCGUUGUAACCCCCUGUAACCCCUGGUCACCCCCUGUAACCCGUGGUCACCCCCUGUAACCCCUUGUCACCCCCUGUAGCCCCUUGUCACCCCCUGUAACCCCCUGUAACCUUCUGUAACUCCUUGUCAUCCCCGGUAACCCUGUGUAAUCCCUUGUCAUCCCCUGUAACCCCUUGUAACCCCUUGUAACCCCCUGUAACCCCUUGUCACUCCCUGUAACCCCUUGUCACCCCCUGUAACCUCUUGUAACCCCCUGUAACCCCUUGUAACUCCUUGUCACCCCCUGUAACCCCUUGUCAUCCCCCAUAACCCUGUGUAAUCCCUUGUCAUCCCCUGUAACCCCUUGUAACCCUGUGUCACCCACUGUAACCCUUUGUCACCCCCUGUAACCCCUUGUCACCCCCUGUGACCUCUUGUAACCCCCUGUAACCCCCUGUAACUCCUUUUCACCCCUUGAAGCCCCUUGUCAUCCCCUGUAACCCUGUGUAAUCCCUUGUCAUCCCCUGUAACCCCUUGUCACCCCCUGUAACCCCUUCUAACCCCUUGUCAUUCUUUGUAACCUUCUGUAAACCCUUGUAACCCCCUGUAACCACGUGUAACCUUCUGUAACCCCUUGUCAUCCCCUGUAACCCCUUGUAACUCCUUGUCACCCCCUGUAACCCCUUGUCACCCCCUGUAUCCUCUUGUAACCCCCUGUAACCCCUUGUAACUCCUUGUCCCCCUGUAACCCCUUGUCAUCCCUUGUAACCCUGUGUAAUCCCUUGUGACCCCCUGUAACCCUUGUCACCCCUGUAACCCCUUGUAACCCCUUGUCAUCCCUUGUAACCCCUAACCCCUAACCCCUUGUCACCCCUGUAACCCCUUGUCAUCCCCUGUAAGUCCCCUUGUAACCUCUGUAACCCCUGUAACCCCUGUAAUGUCACCCCUGUAACCCCUUGUCACCCCCUGUAACCCCUUGUCACCCCCUGUAACCCCUUGUCACCCCUUGUAUCCCCCCUUGUCACCCCCUGUAACCCCUUGUAACCCCCUGUAAACCCCUUGUAACCCCUGUAACCCUUCACCCCUAACCCCUGUAACCCCCUUGUCAUCCCCUGUAACCCCCUGUAACCCCUUGUCAUCCCCUGUAACCCCCUUUGUCACCCCUUGUAACCCCCCCUGUAAUAACCCCUUGUCACCCCUGUAACCCCUUGUAACCCCCCCUGUAACCCCUUGUAACCCUUGUAACCCCUUGUAAUCCCUUUGUCACCCCCCUGUUGUAACCCCUGUAACCCCCCCUGUAACCCCUUGUCACCCCCUGUAACCCCUUGUCACCCCCCCCAACCCCUUGUCACCCCCCUGUAACCCCUUGUAACCCCCUGUAACCCCUUGUCACCCCCUUUAAACCCCUUGUCACCCCUGUAACCCCUUUUGUAACCCCUUGUAACCCCUGUAACCCCUUGUCACCCCCUGUAACCCUUGUAACCCCUUGUAACCCUUGUAUCCCCUUGUCACCCCUGUAACCCCUUGUCACUGUAACCCCUGUAACCCCUGUAACCCUUGUCACCCCUUGUAACCCCUGUAACCCCCUUGUCCUGUAACCCCCUGUAACCCCUUUUGUCAUCCCCUGUAAGCCCCUUGUAACCCCUGUAACCCCUUGUCCCCCCUUGUAACCCCUGUAACCCUUGUCACCCCUGUAACCCUUGUAACCCCUGUAACCCCUUGUCACCCCCUGUAACCCCUUGUCACCCCCUGUAACCCCUCACCCUUGUAACCCCCUGUAACCCCCCCCUUUUGUAACCCCUUGUCACCCCUGUAACCCCUUGUCAUCCCCUGUAACCCCUUGUAAUCCCAUGUUGUCACCCCCUGUAACCCCUUGUCACCCCCUGUAACCCCUUGUAACCCCUUGUCACCCCCUGUAACCCCCUGUAACCCCUUGUCACCCCCUGUAACCCCUUGUCACCCCCUGUAACCCCUUGUAACCCCCCCUUGUAACCCCCUUGUAACCCCUUGUCACCCCUGUAACCCCUUGUCACCCCCCCCUGUAACCCCUUGUCUUAAAACCCCUUGUAACCCCUUGUCACCCCUUGUCACCCCUGUAACCCCUUGUAACCCCUGUAACCCCUGUAACCCCUUGUAACCCCCUUGUCACCCCUGUAACCCCUCUUGUAACCCCUGUAACCCCUUGUAACCCCUUGUCACCCCUGUAACCCUUUGUAACCCUUUGUCACCCCCUGUAACCCCUUGUAACCCCUUGUAACCCCCCUGUAACCCCUUGUCACCCCCUGUAACCCCUUGUCACCCCCCCCCUGUAACCUCUUGUAACCCCUAACCCUCUAACCCCUUGUAACUCCUUGUCACCCCUGUAACCCCUUGUCAUCCCCCGUAACCCUGUGUAAUCCCUUGUCAUCCCCUGUAACCCCUUGUAACCCUGUGUCACCCACUGUAACCCUUUGUCACCCCCUGUAACCCCUUGUCACCCCCUGUAACCCCUUGUAACCCCCUGUAACCCCUUGUAACUCCUUGUCACCCCCUGUAACCCCUUGUCAUCCCCUGUAACCCUGUGUAAUCCCUUGUCAUCCCCUGUAACCCCUUGUCACCCCCUGUAACCCCUUGUUGUCCCCUUGUAAUCCCUUGUAACCCCCCUGUAACCCCUUUGUCACCCCCUGUAACCCCAUUAACCAAAUGUAACCCCCCGUCUGUAAUUGUUGCCCUUGAAAACCCUUUGUUAUCCCCAUUGUAACCCCUUGUGUUUUGUAGGCCCCUGUUGAUAAUAACCCCCCUGUAUCCUGUCACAUCCUAUCCUAUCCUGUAACCCCUUGUCACCCCUGUAACCCCCUUGUCAUCCCCUGUAUCCCUGUGUAACCCCUUGUCAACCCCUGUAACCUUGUUUGUAACCCCUUGUAACCCUGUAACCCCUUGUCACCCCCUGUAACCUUUGUUUUGUCAUCCCCUGUAACCCCUUGUAACCCCUGUAACCCUUGUAACCCCUUGUAACCCCUGUAACCUUAUGUAACCCCUGUACCCCCCCCUUUGUCACCCCCCUUGUAACCCCCUGUAACCCCUUUGUCACCCCCUGUAACCCCCUGUAACCCCUUGUCACCCCUGUAACCCCUUAACCCCUUGUAACCCCCUGAAACCCUUGUUGUAACUCCUUGUCACCCCCUGUAACCCCUUGUAAUUGUAACCCUUUUUGUAACCCUUGAACCCCUUGUGUAAUCCCCCCCCCUUGUCACCCCUUGUGUAACCCCUGUAACCCCCUCUUGUAACCCUUGUUUGUAACCCCCUGUAACCCUCUUGUCCCCCCCCUGUAACCCUUGUUUGUUUUGUAACCCCUUUUUGUAACCCCUUGUAACCCCUUGUCACCCCUGUAACCCCUUGUCACCCCCUGUAACCUCUUGUAACCCCCUGUAACCCCUUGUAACUCCUUGUCACCCCCUGUAACCCCUUGUCAUCCCCCAUAACCCUGUGUAAUCCGUUGUCAUCCCCCGUAACCCCUUGUAACCCUGUGUCACCCACUCUAACCCUUUGUCACCCCCUCUAACCCCUUGUCACCCCCUGUGACCUCUUGUAACCCCCUGUAACUCCUUUUCACCCCUUGAAGCCCCUUGUCAUCCCCUGUAACCCUGUGUAAUCCCUUGUCAUCCCCUGUAACCCCUUGUCACCCCCUGUAACCCCUUGUAACCCCUUGCCAUCCCUUGUAACCCCCUGUAACCCCUUGUCACCCCCUGUAACCCCAUUUUACAAAUGUACACGUCUGUAAUUGUUGCACGAAAAUCUUUGUUAUCAUUGUAAACACAUGUGUUUGUAGGCGCUCUGUUGAUAAUAAAGCACUUAUCCUGUCCUAUCCUAUCCUAUCCUGUAACUCCUUGUCACCCCCUGUAACCCCUUGUCAUCCCCCGUAUCCCUGUGUAAUCCCAUGUCAUCCCCUGUAACCCCUUGUCAUCCCUUGUAACCCCCUGUAACCCCUUGUCACCCCCUGUAACCCCUUGUCAUCCCCUGUAGCCCCGUGUAACCCUCUCUAACCCCUUCUAACCCCUUCUAACCCCGUGUAACCCCUGUCAACCCUGUAACCCCUUGUAACCCCUUGUUGUAACCCCCUGUAACCCCUUGUCACCCCCUGUCAGCCCCUGUCACCCCUGUAACCCCUGUGUAACCCCUUGUAACCCCUUGUCACCCCUGUAACCCCUUGUAACCCCUGUAACCCCUUGUAACCCUUGUCUGUAACCCCUUGUCACCCCUGUAACCCCUUGUAAUCCCUUGUAACCCCUUGUCACCCCUCUUGUCAUCCUUGUAACCCCUUGUAACCCCCUGUAACCCCCUGUAACCCGUUGUCACCCCCUGUAACCUCUUGUCACCCCCUGUAACCCCCCCUUGUCACCCCCCCCUUGUAACCCCUUGUCACUCCCUGUAACCCCUUGUCACCCCUUGUAACCCCUUGUAACCCCUGUAACCCCCCCCUUGUAACCCCUUGUAACCCUUGUCACCCCUGUAACCCCUUGUCAUCCCCUGUAACCCUGUGUAAUCCCUUGUCAUCCCCUGUAACCCCUUGUAACCCUGUGUCACCCCUGUAACCCCUUUGUAACCCCUUUGUCACCCCUGUAACCCCUUUGUCACCCCUGUAACCCCUUGUAAUCCCCCCCCCCUGUAACCCCUGUACCCCUCCUUUUCACCCCUUGUAACCCCUUGUCAUCCCCUGUAACCCUGUGUAAUCCCUUGUCAUCCCCUUGUAACCCCUUGUCACCCCUGUAACCCCUUGUCAUCCCUUUUGUAACCCCUUUGUCAUCCCUUUUGUAACCCCUGUAACCCCUUGUAACCCCCUGUAACCCCUUGUCACCCCUGUACCCCCUUUGUAACCCCUGUAACCCCUUGUCACCCCCCUGUAACCCCAUGUCACCCCCUGUAACCCCUUUUCACCCCUGUAACCCCUUGUCACCCCCUAACCCCUUGUCACCCCCCCUGUAACCCCUUGUCACCCCCUGUAACCCUUAGAACCCUUGUCACCCCCUGUAACCCCUUGUCCCCCCUUUAGCCCCCCCCUGUAACCCCUUUGUCACCCCUGUAACCCCUUGUCACCCCCUGUAACCCCUUGUCAUAACCCCUUGUAACCCCCUGUAACUUGUAACCCUUGUCACCCCUGUAACCCCUUGUCAUUGUAAUCCCCUUGUAACCCCUUGUCACCCCCUGUAACCCUUGUCACCCCCCUGUCACCCCUGUAACCCCUUGUAACCCCCUGUAACCCCUUGUCACCCCCUGUCACCCCUGUAACCCCUUGUAACCCCAUGUCACCCCCUGUAACCCCUUGUCACCCCCUGUAACCCCUUGUCACCCCUGUAACCCUUGUCCCCCUUGUAACCCCUUGUAACCCUGUUGUAACCCCUUGUAACCCUUGUAACCCCUGUAACCCCCUUGUAACCCCUUGUAACCCCUUGUCACCCCCUGUAACCCCUUGUCACCCUUUGUAACUCCUUGUAAUUCCUUGUCACCCCUGUAACCCCUUGUUACCCUUUCUAACCCCUUGUAACCCCUUGUCACCCCCUGUACCCCCUUGUAACCCCUUGUCACCCCUUUGUAACCCCCUUGUCCCCUGUAACCCCUUGUCACCCCCUGUAACCCCUUGUCACCCCCUUGUAACCCCUUGUGUCACCCCUGUAACCCCUUGUCCCCCCCUUGUAACCUUUUGUAACCUGUAACCCUUGUCAUCCCCUGUAACCCCUUGUAACCCCUGUAACCCCUUGUAACCCUUGUCACCCCCCCUUGUAACCCCUUGUCAACCCCUUGUAACCCCUUGUACCCCCCUUGUAACCCCUUGUCACCCCUUGUAACCCCCCUGUAACCCUGUGUUUGUCAUCAUCCCCCCCCUUGUAACCCUGUGUAACCCCUUGUCAUCCCCUGUAACCCCUUGUCACCCCCUGUAACCCCUUCUAACCCCAUGUCACCCCUUGUAACCCCCUGUAACCCCCUUGUCACCCCUGUAACCCCUUGUCAUCCCCUGUAACCCUUGUAACCCCCUGUAACCCCUGUAACCCCUUGUCACCCCCUGUAACCCCCCCUGUGUAACCCCUUGUCAUAACCCUUGUCACCCCUGUAACCUUUUUUUGUAACCCCUUGUAACCCCUUUGUAACCCUUUGUCCCCUUAACCUUUUGUCACCCCCUGUAACCCCUUGUAACCCCCCCUGUAACCCCUUGUAACCCCUUGUAACCCCUUGUAACCCCUUGUAACCCCUUGUAACCCCCUGUAACCCCUUGUCACCCCUUUGUAACCCCUUGUAACCCCUUUGUCCCUUGUAACCCCUGUAACCCCUUGUAACCCCUUGUAACCCCCUUGUAACCCCUUGUAACCCCCUGUAACCCCUUGUCACCCCCUGUAACCCUUGUAACCCACCCCCUGUAACCCCUUGUAACCCCCCCUUGUCAACCCCCUGUAACCCCUUGUCAUCCCCCUGUAACCCCUUGUGUGUAACCCCUUGUAUCCCCUUGUCACCCCUUGUAACCCCUUGUAACCCUGUGUCACCAACUGUAACCCCUUGUCACCCCCCCCUUGUAACCCCUUAACCCCCCUUGUAACCCCUUGUAACCCUUGUCUUGUAACCCCUUGUAACCCUUUGUAAUCCCCCUUGUACCCCCCUGUAACCCCUUGUAACCCCCUGUAACCCCUUGUCACCCCCCCUUGUCACCCCUUGUAACCCCUUUUGUAACCCCUUGUAACCGUUGUAACCCUUGUAAUUCCUUGUCACCCCCUGUAACCCCUUGUAACCCCCUGUAACCCCCUUGUAACCCUUGUAACCCCCUGUAACCCUUGUCAUCCCCUGUAACCCCUUGUAACCCCUUGUAACCCCCUGUAACCCCUUGUCACCCCUGUAACCCCUUGUAACCCCUGUAACCCUUUGUAACCCCCUGUAACCCCUUGUAACCCUUGUUGUAACCCCUUGUCACCCCCCUGUAACCCCUUGUAACCCUUGUAACCCCUUGUCCCCCUGUAACCCCUUGUGUAACCCCUGUAACCCCUUGUAACCCCCUUGUCACCCCCCCCUGUAACCCCUUGUCACCCCCUGUAACCCCUUGUAACCCCCCCCUUUGUAACCCCUGUAACCCCUUAAAAACCCCUUGUAACCCCUUGUAACCCCCCCUGUAACCCCUUGUAACCCUUGUCAUCCCCUGUAACCCCCCCUUGUAACCCCCUGUAACCCCUUUACCCCACCCCUGUAACCCCUUGUAACCCCUUGUAACCCCUGUAACCCCUUUUGUCACCCCCUGUAACCCCUUUGUAACCCUGUGUACCCCCUUGUAACCCUUGUAACCCCUUGUCACCCCUUGUAACCCCCUUGUAACCCCUUGUAACCCCUGUAACCCCUUGUAACCCCCCCCUUGUAACCCCCUUGUAACCCUUUGUAACCCCCCUUGUAACCCCUUGUAACCCCUUGUCACCCCUGUAACCCCUUGUAACCCCUUGUAACCCCUUUGUAACCCCUUGUUGUAACCCCUUGUCACCCCUUGUCACCCCUUGUAACCCCUUGUAACCCUUGUUGUAACCCCUUGUGUAACCCUUGUAACCCCUUGUAUCCCCCCUUGUAACCCCUUGUAACCCCUGUAACCCCUUGUACCCCCUUGUAACCCCUGUGUAACCCCUUGUUUGUAAACCCUUGUAACCCCUUGUCACCCCCUGUAACCCCUUGUAACCCUUGUAACCCCUUUUGUCCCCCCCUGUACCCCCCCUUGUAACCCCUUGUAACCCCUUGUAACCCCUUGUAACCCCUGUAACCCCUUGUAAUCCCCCCUUGUAACCCCUUGUAACCCCUUGUCACCCCCCCUUGUAACCCCUUGUAAACCCCUUGUAACCCCCUGUAACCCCUUGUAACCCCUUGUACCCCUUGUCACCCCCCCUGUAACCCCUUGUCCCCUUUGUAACCCCUUGUCCCCUGUAACCCCUUGUAACCCCUUGUAACCCCUGUAACCCCUUGUCAUCCCCUGUAACCCCUUGUUUGUCACCCCUGUAACCCCUUGUUGUACCCCUUUGUAACCCCCUGUAACCCCUUGUAACCCCUUGUAACCCCUUGUAACCCCUUGUAAUCCCCUGUAACCCCUGUAACCCCUUGUCACCCCCUGUAACCCCUUGUCACCCCUGUAACCCUUGUAACCCCUUGUAACCCCUGUGUCCCUUGUAACCCCUUGUAACCUUUGUAACCCCUGUAACCCCUUGUCACCCCUUGUAACCCCUUUGUAACCCUGUGUAACCCCCUGUAACCCCUUGUAACCCCUUUGUAACCCCUUGUAACCCCUGUAACCCUUGUAACCCCUUGUAACCCCUUGUAACCCCUUGUAACCCCUUGUAACCCCUUGUACCCCCCCUUGUUCAUCCUUUGUACCCCUUGUUGUAACCCCCCCUUGUAACCCCUUGUACCCCCUGUAACCCCUUGUCACCCCCCCUGUAACCCCUUGUAACCCCUGUAACCCUUGUAACCCCUUGUAACCCCUUGUAACCCCUUGUAACCCCUUGUAACCCUGUAACCCCUUGUAACCCCCUGCCCUUUGUCCCCUUGUAACCCUUGUAACCCCUUUGUAACCCUUGUAACCCUUGUAACCCUUUGUAACCCCCUGUAACCCCUGUAACCCCUUGUAACCCCUGUAACCCCUUGUCACCCCCUGUAACCCCUUUGUCACCCCCUGUAACCCUGUAACCCCUUUGUCACCCCCUGUAACCCCUUGUAACCCCUUGUAACCCCUGUAACCCCUUGUCACCCCUGUAACCCCCUGUAACCCCUUGUAACCCCCUUGUAACCCUGUGUACCCCUUGUCAUCCCCUGUACCCCUUGUAACCCCUUGUACCCCCUGUAACCCUUUUUGUCACCCCCUGUAACCCUUGUAACCCCCCCCCUGUAACCCCUUGUCACCUUGUAACCCCUUGUAACCCCUUGUCAUCCCCCCCCUUGUAACCCCUGUAACCCCUUGUAACCCCCUGUAACCCCUUGUAAACCCCUUGUCCCCUUGUAACCCCUGUAACCCCUGUAACCCCUUGUAACCCCUUGUAACCCCUUUGUAACCCUUGUAACCCCUUGUACCCCCUGUAACCCCUUGUAACCCUUGUCAUCCCCUGUAACCCUUGUCAACCCCUGUAACCCUUGUGUAACCCUUGUCACCCCUUGUAACCCCUUGUAACCCUGUAACCCCUUGUAACCCCUGUAACCCCUUGUAACCCUCUGUCACCCCCCCUUGUAACCCCUUGUAAACCCCUGUAACCCCCUUGUACCCCCUGUAACCCUUGUCCCCCCCCCUAGCCCCUGUAACCCCCUUGGAACCCUCUGUCAUCCUUUUGUGUAACCCCUUUUCACCCCCUGUAACCCCUUGUCACCCCCUCUAACCCCUUGUAACCCCCUGUAACCCCUUGUCACCCCCUGUAACCUCUUGUAACCCGUUGUCACCCCCUGUAACCCCCCCUUGUAACCCCCCUGUAACCCCUUGUACCCCUUGUACCGUGUAUUCGAUUAACCCCUGUAACCCCAUGUAAUUGCUUUUUUUUUGACCUUGAGGGUGGCCUCUGUAUUCGAGGUUUUGUUACGCUUAUUAAAUUUUCACCAUUCUCAGUAACGCGUUGUAGUAUAUUUUGCAGCAAAAAGUAAAUGCUAAUUACAAAAAGUGAAAGAUGCAACAAAGCAAGGUUUCUGUAAAAUAGUGCUCUGAAAACUCCGUCUUAAAUCUCUUAUUACCCUCUUAUUGGAGUUUUUGUGGUUGGGGUGGGGUGUAACCUCUGUAGGCUGUGACCCUUUAUUCCUCUUUUUCUGUUUUUAGGAUGGGCCCUUAACCUCUUGUAACCCAGAAUAAAUCCUUUGUCACCCCCUGUAAUUUCUUGUCACCCCCUGUAACCUCUUGUAACCUCCUGUAACCUUUUGUAACCCCCUGUAACCCCUUGUCACCCCCCUGUAACCCCUUGUAACUCUCUGUAACCCCUUGUAACCCCUUGUCAUCCCCUGUAACCCCUUGUAACCCAGUGUUCUUGUCACCCCAUGUAACCCCUUGUGAUCCCCUGUAACCCCUUGUAACUCCCUGUAACCGUAACUCUUUGUCACCCCCUGUAACCCUUCGUAACCCCUGUAAUCCUUUGUAACCCCCUGAACCCCUUGUCACCCCCUGUAACCCGGUGUAACCCCUUGUAACCUCCUGUAACCCGUUGUCACCCCCUCUAACCCGUUGUCACCCCUUGUAACCCCAUGUAACCCCCUGUAACCUGUUGUAACGCUUUGUAACCCCCUGUCACCCCUUGUAACCCCCUGUAUUCCCAUGUAAUAGAUCAUGAAAAUAAAUUGUGAAAAAAUGAUUUCUCGAUGUUUUAUAUAGAAAAGAAGCCUUGAUGGACUAUAAAAACAUCGGUUUUUAAAAAGUUUCAGAAUUCAAAUUUUUCCAAAGGGGAUAGUCCAUGGUUUUGGUCCAAAAUUUGACAUGUUAUUAAUUUUUUUAUGCAAAAUCUUUUUAUUAAAAAAGUGCGAAAGUAGAAUUUUUUGAAAACUUUUAAAUAUAUUCUAAUGUAUUUAUAAUUUAUUAAGUUCCGCACGACGUUUGAAACCAAGUCAAGCUACUGCCGCAUAGCAGGGCAAGGCUUGCUGUGCUAAAGUCAAAUUUACUUCAAUCAGUUGAGUUUGGCACAACAGUAGCAUGAUGUUUGAAACAGGCCUAACUUGUACAUGUCAAAAGUUGAAAAAACCAUGGAAAGUUCUAUUCCCUGUAACCCGCAAACAAUUCAACUGCAUUUUUUAUUGAUGAUUAACAUGGAAUGGUAUGAAUCGUGGCCUUCAGGUAAAGAGAAAGACAAGAGUGAAAAGCAGGGACAGAAGAUACGUGGUCCUGGAGCUGAUGACAGGUACAUUUCCACAAAAAAAUAAUUAGUAUUCAAAUAUGUGAAUUAUUACCAAUUGUUAGAUUCAUUAUUUUAACUGUUAGCAGUCACAAUGAUAUUAUUGUGACGGCUAACAAUACUAUUGUGGGAAGCGUUUUACUGUAUUCUAUUCUUACAGUCUUAAGUAUUUUAUCAAUUUUGUUAUGGCUAUAUUUUUUCCAGUAUCUUUGGAGACAUUGGGGAUUAUGAUCCUACAGAGAGUACAAAAGAAUAUGAAAAGAAAGAAAAGGCGAAAGAAAGAGAGAGAGAAAAAGACAGGAAGAAAUCCAAGAGCUCCUCAAGCUACUUUGAUAAGUCAUCUGCAGGUGGAGAUGAAGAGGUUAGCACUAACACGCAGUUUGUUUUAAAAGUACCAAGUUGAAUGUGACAGUUUUUUUUCCAUUUUUGAUUUCAUUGCUGAUGUUUUUUUGGUUCUGCUCGUUCUUUGCAGGCACAGUUCAAUAAGAAAGGUGAGUUUGCGCACUUCCUCACACUAUGGUUAGAUAAUAAUACCACUCAAAGAAUGUAAACAAUAUGUUAAGUCUGUUUAUGCGCAGCUAAGUCAUUUCUUAAUCUGUGAUUGGUCAAUUUUGGUCAUUAAUAUCCUGUACAGAAUGGAGUCUAUCACACAAGUGCGAUCUAUCCAUCUAAUUGGCUUUUAGAGCCAGUAAAAUUCUAUGUCAGUCCCUCAUUUCUUGUACUAGAGAAAGAAUGAUUCUCUAUUAUCUACCGCUGCUGAACAGUUACAUGACUUUCUUUGCAUAUUUGUUCAAUCUUCUAAAUUUUAGAUGUUUCUGCUGAAGAGUUUGCCAAGUCAGUAACACAGACUUUUGCUAAAAAGGUAAGUUCUCCUCAAAGACAUAGCCACCAUAACUAACCCUUUUUUGCAGCAAGACAAACUAGACAGCUUCUACCACAUGUGUGUUAUUGAGCGACUGGUGUGGGCUGGUUUUGAGCAUUAUACCUACCUCAUCUAAAGUGUCACAAACUACCCUACUACAUUUUUUACAAGUGAAGGAAGGACAGGGGUCCUGCUUGUCUGAAAUAGUAUUUAGUCAAGAAAGUUAACAAAUCAGUUUUUUGUACAACAACAAUCAGAAGGCAUGUGCAAUAAAUUUCUUGAUGUCUUUUCCCAAGAUUCUCAUUUCUCAAUAAGUCAAAAGAAGAUCGGGGAGCAACACUGGCAUUGCAGUUGUUCUCAAGCAAAAAUGUCAAUGCCAAAUUUAAUUGGCUGGGAGAUAAUUUUAAUUGAAACUUCGAAGCAUAUUGAAAUUUAUCAGUUGAAAUACACGUAAUGUUAUCAGCUGUCCAAUCAGUUGAAAAACCAUUCUUUUUGUAAAUGAAAUCUGAAUGAAAAUUUGUAUAUUUUUUGGUUAUUAUUUGUAUUGUCUUUGCAGCACCACAUGGAGGAGAGGGCUGCAUGGGAUUCAGUUGACCCCAAGUAUCCUUUGAAAUAGUGCUUGCAUUAGCCUUACACUUAAAGUGGUUUGUGGGAAAAAACCUACAGACAUGUACAUGUAACUUUAACAUAAUACUACAAAUUAUUAUCUCCGCCUUCCAGUGUCUCUUCUAAAGGGAUUGUUACUAGAAUAUUUUUUUAUUUCAUUAAAUGUUUAGUACUUGAUGAAAACUGCACUGACAGUCACAUGGAAAUAAAUCUGAGCUAUGAAAAACGUCUUAGUUGUUGAACUUAACCGUGUGAAAGACGAAGAAAAAAGGACCGAGGCUCUCGGAAGGUGAAGGAUGUCAAUUAUAUUCCAGACAGUUAUUCAGAGUGUUACCCAGGGUAAGAAACAUCACUUGUUACCAAAGCCUAGGGGGACCGGCCAUUAGGUGUUGUGACCACUGAACUUCUGCCUACAUACAUUGCGCAUAGUCCACAGGGUGUAGGGUACAUAGGUUCCAUUUACUCUACCAUUGGCAUAAACUUUCUGAAAUGUUUAAGCCCAGGCUGCAACACAUUUUAAAUUGAACCUCUGGACUGGCCUAUUAAAAAAGCCAUUAUCGAUUUGCUAUUCAGGUUGAAGGGAAAUUGAAAACACAAUUUUGGUUAUUUGAACAAAGAUCUUGGUGCUGUUUUUCAGACGUCACUAGCCGGGGAUUUAUUGUCUACUAAAUGCAGUCUAUUAUAUCCCUCCUUUCCCCUUCUCUCAUAUUUUUUUUACUCCUCGGUUGGCAUUCACAGUGUGACUUAAGCCCGGAGGAGGGGGGGUACUCUGGAUUUCAAGUGACAGGGAUGAUCUAAGGAUUUUUUGGGGUUUUAAAUUUUCAGUUUCGGGAUUUUUUGGGGUAGGAAAAUUUUGGCAAGUAUUUUUUUGGUUAGCUUGAUUUAAGUAAGGAUUUUUUGGGGUAUCCAAAACAAUCUGAAGAUUCGUCAUAGUUCCUGCAUAUCCCGGCUGCGUAGUUCCUCUGGAAAUUUUUAUGGCUGGGAAAUUCAGCAUGGGAUUUUUGGGGUUUAAAUUUUGGUCCAGGGAUUUUUGGGGGUUUUGUUUGAAGCUCGCAGGAUUUGUUUGGGUUUUGAUUUUUGCCCCCAUUCGAUCAAUCCAUCACUUGACAUCUGGAGUACCCCCUUGGGGAUGUAAGCCUUAAACAAAUUGACAAUCUAGACUUGCAGUAUUCAAUGGUCUAAUCUAUUAUAAGACUAAGUCAAGGAAAAUAUGGAAGUAUGAUGUUUUAUUCAUACCUAGUUAGGACUUGGUAGUGGUGGUGAGACACACAAAACUGAACUGAAGUGUACCAAUAAUUGGCACAUUUCAGGUUUUGUGUUUUGUCUUAAUCUGUGCACCUUUUCAAAUAGAAAAUAUUUUGUUGUGUUGCUUUUCUUUCAGUGCUGCUGACGUGCCAUAUGACAGUGAUGAAGAAGCUGACUACAGUAAAAUGGAUUUGGUAAGUGUCUUCAUUGGUAGUAGCAUCAGUGUAAUUCUCUUGUUAUCAAAGAAAACACUUCAGGGCAUCUAAAGGGAUCUCUGAAAUGAUUAAUACAUAAUAAUUUUAUAGUAUAUAUAUAUAACAUGGCAUGGGGUUGCCACCAGCAUUUUUCAAUAUAUUAUUAUCACUUAAAUUGGACUUGAUUAUUAUACUCCUGAGCAGAUUUCUAUACUUUAUCUAGUAAAAUGAAAUUUCAUUUUCAUCCAUCAAUCACAAAAAUAUCAAUAUCUGUUUAAUGUCAAAUGAAUGACUUUCAUUUUUGCUUUUUUUUUCACUUUUGAAGUUAUCAUUAGUAAGAUUAUCUUUCAUUAAACUGUCAAAUUUAAUGAAACGUCUUUAUUCCAUUGACUUUUGAGCCUCAACAUGGUUCCUUUAAUUGAUAACAGGAUAUUGUGGUUGGAACUUUACAAGGCCGAAAAUACUAUUCACGAGUAUUUGUUAGUACAUUAUUUUACUUUGUUGCUUUGGCUUUUGUAGUGAUCACGUGUCACUCAUUUCUUUUAUUUAUUUAUUUAAAAUUAUACCAGGAAUAUUUUUCGAGUUCCUGGUAUAAUUUUAAUUAAUAUUGUUUUUUGUUUUGUUCAUGUUGAUUGAGUGAAAUGUUUCAGUUCAGUUAUUGGUUUAUUGUUUAUUUAUUUAUCAUUAGUGUUUAUUUUUCUUUCAUAUAAUUUCUUGGAAAAAAGCUCAAAGAUUUAUAUUAUUAUUAUAUUAUUAUUAAUAUUAUUAUUAUUGUUAUUAUUACUGUUUGUUACUAAUAUGCAUAAUAUUAUUUUAUUAUUAUAGUUUUAUGCACUAAGGCGGUUCAUUGCUUUUGAUUCCAUACAAUCAUCUACAUGCAGGGUAACAAGAAAGGUCCCAUCAAACGUUGGGAUUUUGAAACAGAGGAAGACUACCACAGUUACAUGGAAAGCAGAGAAGCCCUUCCUAAGUGAGUCAACGUGUUUGAUUAAUGGUAAAAUGUCCUUAAGUUAGUAAAUUCCUCAGAGAAAUGUUAACUUUUCUCAGACUGCUUCUUGCUGUUAAGUGACGUUUUAAUGGGUGUGAAGACAAAAUGGCUAAUGAUGCUUUUCAUCCAGGUUCAUUGAUCCCCUCUCGAAGAUAGUGAUAGUGAUUAUCAUAAUAUCUGGCUCCACGAGUAGCAAGAUGAAAAAAAUCCUGUGUUCUGAUUGGCCUUUUAAUUGGGUGGUCUCCCUUGGCAUGCACCGAGCUCUUCUUCAUGUGCUUAUAUUUCCAUUCUUCUGUUAGCUACCUGUCUUGCUUAUUCAACAUGGCUGCAUGUUAGCCUCACACCAACUUUGUUAGUUUCAUUUAUGCUUAUUGUAGUGUAUAUUUCUCACAAUAGCUGUACUGAUAUCUGACGGUGUGAAGUGCAAAAUGCUACAAUCGUGUUAUUUUUUCUUUCCAGAGCUGCCUUUCAGUUUGGUAUCAAGAUGUCUGAGGGACGUAAAACACGGCGUGCAGGCCCCAAAGAUGAAAAGGCAAAGCUAGACAGGGAUUGGCAGAAAAUUAGUCAGGUAUGGUAAACCUGAGGAUUUAAACUUGGGACAACAAGAGUAAUAAAAGAUCUGUUGCUCACAGUCACACUGUGCAGCUAGUGGCCAAAGUGAGGCUCCAGCCUUGGAGCACUGUAUUGUGAGUCUGAUUCACUGAUCACUUCUAGCCUUCUUUCGAUAUGUUUGGAUAGCUCUGGCCUCUGAAAUCCUGGUUCUUUGAAGAUGGAAAUUCCAUGUCCGUCCUUUGUCAAGUGUCCAUUUUUUUUGUAAAGAAUGUCAUUCACUUCUCUUUUCCCAUGUUGUUCCAUUUAAACAUCAUUCAUGGCUGUCAUCAACAGCCAGGGACCUUGGAUUUCCCCUGGCUACUAUGAACCUGGUCCCCGGCUACUUUCAUGGGAAAGAAGAAGAAAAAUAGAACCAAAGGAAAUCCCUAGCUGUUUGAUUCCCUGCCUACUUGUAGUAUUUAUCUGGCAACCUGAAAUCUUACUAAAAUCCCUGUCAUUGUCAGUACAGCCACGUCCUGCUUCUCUUCGCCUGAAAAUUAACUUUCCUGGCACGUGAAACAAAAGCAAAGAAGGGCAUCUGCUCAUGCAGGCUACAUUCUGGGAGAAUGGGGUUUUGUUUUGGGAUAACGGUUUUCAAGAACAAAAUGAAAUCUCACGGAUCCUUGCCGAAUGUUGGGGUUCCUUAGCUGAGUGUAUUCUGAUGGAUAGUCUAUUAUUAUUUAUUUUUUCCCUUAGAUGUUAAACAAGAGGAAAGAUGAGGGGUGAGUAAAAUGCUGUUGUUGGUUAGGAAUUACAGUCAAACCAGGUCAAGCGUUCCCGUCACUAGCAAACUAAUGAAUUCAUUAAUGGAAAAAUGAUUUCGUUUGUUGAUUCAAUAAUCCAUUCAUAAAAUGAAUAAUCCAACAAUCAAAUUGGACCUCGAUUCAAUAAUUAAAUGUUGAUUUGGUUUAUUAACAAAAUCUACCUGUUCUUUAUUCUUCUCUGUUGAGUUCAAUCGUAUUUGCUUCCCUUUUCCUGCCAUUUACGAUUGCGUUUGUAAUUGCCUUUAAUCAAAACAACAGCUAGAAGAGGCAGACCGCAAACGCAAAGAAACUGACAAAGGCCGGGGAUCGAAAUCCACCAAUCACCGCACAUACACUGACCUUAGUUUCACUAUCGUGUUUCCUAAGAGGUCAGGUCCGUUGCAGUGAAUACUGGAAACAAAAUGAUGUACAUGUAACAGUUUGUUUGGGUUUGAAAUUCAGAACUCUCCCGAACUCGACUCUAAGAAAAAAAGGAGAAAAAAAAGUGUAGUUUUUCUAAAAACAGUAAUCGAAUCACCAUUCGAUUAUGGAAUCAAGGCUAAAUAUGAAUAUUGGAUUGUUCAUUUUAUUAAUGGAUUAUUGAAUCAAUAAACGAAAUCAUUUUUCCGUUAAUGAAUUUAUUAGUUCGUUAGCGACGGGAACGCUUCACCUGGUUUGACUGUAAAACAUCAAACAGACUAACAGAACUGGUCAAUAAAAUAUUUUACUCUGAAGUACUUAAAAAAAGGAACUGGCCAAAGAAAACCUAUUUCCAAAAAUUAGACUACCGGUAAAUCCAGGGGGGUACUCCAGGGAAUUCUUUUUGAGGGUGUGCUGCCCAGUUCUUCAAUCACAAUGACCUUAUAAAAUGAAGCAACACAAUUUUGCCCAAGAGAAAAGGAGGAUUCUCUUAUUGUGAACUCACCUUGUAUGCAUUAACCAGUUUUUGUUUUUUGUUUUGGUGGCUGUUUCAGGAGAGGAGACUCAGACAGCAAGAGGAGAAAACAUUGAAUUGGAAACAAUAACAACUGUUACGGUUCAUUUUAGAAUCAUGACUGUUAGUACUACUGCUACCACAUCCAUUGCUUUAAGAGCCAAGAAAGGACUUUUUUGUCAUGAGCAAAAUAUUAACCAUUUUAGCUGUACAGGUUGUAAUGAAGCUGCAGGUAUAACCAAAGCAUCCCCUGUUUGAACUCAGACCACAUUGUGUACCUUUUUGAAUUGAGGACAUUGUUGUUUUCCAGCCUUUUUUGUUUAUUAUUUUAAAGCCAAGCCCAUUGGCCCUGGUUGUUCAAACUUUGAAUAGCACAAUCCGCUGGAUAAAUCACUAUCCAGCAGAUAAGCAUUAGGGAAACCACUGGAUAGAGAUUUAUUCGGUGGAUAACAUUGCCCACCUUUUGAACAACUGGUCCCUGGGGGAUAAACAACCUAUGUUGAUGGCUUUAAAUUUCCUGAAGCUUUGCAUGUGUUGUUCAGUUAGCUUUUUCUUUCUGAUUUUUGCUCUCUUAUUUCUUUUUUGCUCUCAUUAUUAAGGAAUGUUGGCAUGACUUAUAACUUUGUUGAAAAUGUAACAUCCUACAAAAUCACGAGAACAGACUACAGUAGAGAAGUCCACAGUGUCAACAAUUUACUGUGGCUUUUG